AUGGAAGAUUUCUCUGGCUUGGCCCUGCCCCCUCUAUUUGGCGGUCACAUUCUUGAAGCCGAACUGGAGCCAGGUGGAGUGGAGCUCGGUCCAGGGGAGGUAGAAUUAGGCCCUGGAGGUGGUGAGAUUCUAGAUAGCGCCAACCCAGAGGAUGAAGAAAGAAGAGUGCUUGAUAAGAGGAAAUAUCUGGCGUUGAACAGACGUUGCAAAGAAAUUGAGCAGGUGAAUCACAAGAUCCUCGGCCGUCUACACCAAGUCCAGAGAUUGACUCGACGUUUGAAGAAAGAGAGGCGAUUCCUCAUGAAGACCCUAGAUGCUCACGGAGACGACUACAGGAAUGCGCAGCUCACCAUGCUGCUGGAGGAUGAUCCUGAAGCACCUUCGGAUGGCGCCACUGGAGUGGCGGAUGACCGGAUGAACGGCGUGUCAGGCACCGCCUCUUCUCCUGCUUUUCACCAUCCCUCAGGGCCCAAAAGGAGAAAGCAUGUGACGCCUAAGCAAGAGAAGGAUAAAGACCUACAAAAUGAAGCUGACAUGUCAGUGCUGUCGGACUUGCAGUUUGGAGAAAUGCCCAGCCCGACCUCUCUGUCGCAUUGA